CUGUCCCCUUUUCUGGGCCUGUCCUGUCUCCAUUGCGUGUGGGGAAGGUCACUGUCCAACUCCGUCCUUUCCCCCAGCCCAGAGCCGCGGCAUUUGUAGAGAUUGUUCGUUGACUGAAUAUUUGCAGAGCCCAGCAGAAGUCAGGAAGCGGGUGGGGGACGCUGCGGGCUGAGGAGCGCAGGGUGAGGUCACCGACUUCCAGCAAGAGAGAAGUGGGAAAGGGCGGCCCCUCCCCCUCGGUGAGCGAGCUUGAGACUUGCGGAGGGCGGGUCUCCGCGCCGCCCCUCCACUCCGACUCUCAUUCCUGUCUUCCAGAUGCUGGGCGCAGAGGUGGAGAACGCCAGGUUGAUGGCUGGGCUGCGGUGAACCCCAACCCAGACCCUAGGCACCCCGAGGCUUGCGACACCACAAGGGCCGGAAGGUUAACAGCAGGAGGUUGCUAGAAUGGGGGCCACCGGGGCCAGGUUGCUGAGGUCCUGUGUCCUGCUGCUGCUGACCGCGCUGCUCCAGUCGGGAAGUCAAGAUCUCACCUGCAUGGUGUCCUCAAGCAAGGUGGACUGGACCCAGACAUUCAAUGACACCUGCCUCAAUUUCAGCGGCCUUGGCCUCUCCCUGCCGAGGACCCAGCCCCUGCAGGCCAGUCACUUGCAGGUUUUGGACCUCUCUAGGAAUGGGCUGCAGGCUCUCCCCAGGGUCUUCUUUGCCAAGCUGGAGAAGCUGCAAACCUUGAUUGUCACCCACAACCAGCUGGUCAGUGUGGAGCCGUCGCUGGCCCUGCGCUGUGAGCUGGAGCUCAGGGUGGACUGUAGCUGCGGACUGGUCUCCUGGCACGGCAUUCGCCAGAGCAACUGCUCGGAAGAGCUGCUGUGUCUACACCCGGACACGGGAGCACCAGGGAACCUCUCCACCUUCCUCCAGGUCAGCUGUCCCCCCAGCUUGGCCCCGGAGACCAUCGGUGCCCUUGUGGCAGGGACUAUCUUCCUGGCUCUGGCUGUCAGUGGAUCUGUGUUGGCCUGGAGACUUCGACAACACCGAGGAGCCAGUGGCCAGGGUCUCAGCAAAGCCCAGAGUUCGCACGAUACCCCUAAACCUGUGACAGGCUUCCUACCAAGGUACAGCAGCCAGCGACCGGGCCCCAAGACCCCAGACACGCCACCAGGCGGGUCCUCACUGGACUAUGAGAAUGUCUUCAUAGGCGAACUGUCUGAGGACGGCUCAGGGUCCGCACCCAGGAGCCCUUCCGAGGACACCGACUUCUACAUGAAUUACAAGGGUGCCGACCUGGACCCUCAGCCGGUCUACUGCAACCUGGAGUCCCUGGGAAGGGUCCCAGCAUACAACCAGGAGUAUGUGGCCCCGGGGCGCUGAGUCGUCGCUUCCCCUACCCCACCACCCCCGCCUCCCCUUGUGAGGACAAAACAUGAGCCUGGAAUCUCUGCCCCUGCAGCCCCCACGCUCCCCAGGACUCUCAAAGUCAGAGGUGGCGCGAGGACCCCCAAAGCAGGAGGGUCACGGAGACGGACUGAACCCUCCGGUCAGUGUGCAGGUGCUGGGGGUCAGUGUGUAAAUGCUGGGGCCAGGUGGGGCUCAGCGCGUGACUGACAGAGGUGAUUCUCAAUCUGGGAUUCCCAAGUGACUCUGCACCCAUCCAGGCCCCGGGGCUCCAGCCCACCUGUGCCCCUCCCCUGCCCGCUGCUCUCCCCUGCCUCUCCAUGUGUCCUUUUUCUUUCCUUCCAUCCUUCCCACCUGGGUUCAAUGCUCACCAAAUAGACAUACAAACAAAUUAAAAACAAAAUAAACCCAAAGAACUGUCCAAGGCUGCCGUGUUUGC